AAAAGAUAAAAGUAGGUUUCUAGUCUGUUAUAGAGGCGGCACUGGUUAGCUGUAUCACGUUGUUAUCCACUUUAUUUUUUUACAGAUAGGAAAAAAGAAUUUUGAUAGUGUGUAAUAUUUAUCGAGAAAAAUGGCUCAAAGCAAGUUGAAUGAUUUAGCCGGACGUUUUAGUCAAAACCCCAAAGGUGUCGGAUUAGGUUUAAAACUAUUAGCUUUUGCCGGUGCUACAGCUUAUGGAGUAAGUCAAUCUAUGUAUACUGUUGAAGGUGGUCACCGAGCAAUCAUAUUUAGUAGGCUUAGUGGAGUUCAGAAAGAAGUCUACUCCGAGGGUCUUCACUUUAGGAUACCUUGGUUUCAGUAUCCAGUUGUUUACGAUAUCAGAUCAAGACCAAGAAAAAUUUCAUCACCUACUGGAUCCAAGGAUUUGCAGAUGGUUAAUAUUUCCCUCAGGGUACUGUCUAGACCAGACUCGAUUAAGUUGCCUUUUGUGUACAGGCAACUUGGUUUAGAUUAUGAUGAGAAAGUUCUACCAUCAAUUUGUAAUGAAGUUCUCAAAUCGGUUGUUGCUAAAUUCAAUGCUUCUCAACUGAUUACUCAGAGACAGCAGGUAUCUCUUUUGGUUAGGAAGGAACUAAUCGAACGUGCUAGAGACUUUAAUAUAAUUUUAGAUGACGUCUCAAUUACUGAACUAAGUUUCGGCAAGGAAUAUACUGCAGCCGUUGAAGCUAAACAGGUGGCACAACAAGAAGCACAAAGGGCAGUUUUCGUUGUGGAAAGAGCAAAACAAGAAAGGCAACAGAAAAUUUUACAAGCUGAAGGUGAAGCUGAAGCAGCAAAAAUGUUGGGUGAAGCUGUUUCGAGGAAUCCAGGUUACCUUAAGCUGAGGAAGAUUAGGGCUGCUCAAAGCAUUUCAAGAACCAUCGCUGGUUCUCAAAACAGAGUCUUCUUGAGCGGAGCUAACCUUAUGCUGAAUAUAAACGACCCCACAUUCGACGAUUCAAGCAACAAACUGUUUAAGACUGAAGAAGGAGGAGGUGGAGACAUUUUGGACUUCGUUGAAACUAAAACUACAACAUCAUCUUCAGGUGUCAAUACCGCAGCAAAUACUACAGCAGCCAGGUUGAUGUCAUCAGCAAAUAAAAAAUAAUGUUGUUCUGAUACAUUAAUAAAUCAAGACUGCUAUUUUUUUUAGAUAAAUUUUUUCUGUAAAAAUGUGUUGUUUAUGUAAAAUUUUCUUGUUUUUUAUGUUAUAUUUUAGCAAAUCCUCCUUUAAAAGGAUAUUGUAAAUAAGUAAUACCUUAUUGUUUUGUUAAAUAAAAUGUUCUAACAUC